AUGGCAAGCUACAGGCUCUGGUCACCAUGGACCACCCUGGAUGAAAAUUUGAGAUGGCUGAGGCGCUCAAAACCUACCUUCUCAUCCAUACACCCUUUUAGGGUCUCUCCUUGCUUCCCACGGAGCCCUUCUGAUUUUGAAGUGCAACAGUGCUUUCAAGAAGUUUCUGUAUUCUUCGACACCCCAGUGGUGGAAAGCAUCUUGAGCUCAGAGUUACCGAGCCACCCACCAGAGCAAUGGAUCAGAUCUGCAGACAAGAGAGUGAUGAUUAGGAAGCCUCAGCCCAUCCGCCUCAUUGGAUUGGAUGCUGUCUUUGGCAGCGAUGUUACUAUCCAGCCACCCAAGUGGAGUGGAACCUUCAAAGUUUCAGACACAUCAGCUUUCUCGAAAAUUGUCAGCAAGGAGCAACGGUGGCCGACUGGACUUAAGGAGCCUCAGAUUGAGAUGACAAUGUCUAUGUGCAAAGAGAUGCUACGUUCGAUUCUUCUGCUAUACGCAAUAUACAAAAAGUGCACCUUUGCCCUGCAACACUCUCAGUAA